CAAAAACUAAAACUAAAAACUAAAAACGAAAAUCAAAAUCAAAAUCUAAAAACUAAAACUAGAAACUAAAAUCAAAAACUAAAAUCUAAAAGCCAGAAACUAAAACCAAAAACUAGUGAAACAAUCAUCACCUUAGUUUCAUAGAUUUCCCACUUUGUUCCUUAGCUUGAAACGGAAUGUUUAACGGAAUGUUUAAGGUGAUGAUUGUUUCUGGUUUUUGUUUUAGUUUCUGGUUUUUGUUUUCUCAAAAACUAUUUUUUCUCCAAUCAAGUUUUAGAUUUUAGUUUUAGUGUUUGUAAAAACCAUUUGAUUUGCCAAUCAAGUUUUUUAACAAAUAGAUUCCCUAAAAUUUAGGGAAACUAGUUUUUCAAAGUUUUAAACAACUUAUGAAUAAAAACCAAAAACCAACUUUUGUGGGUUUUUAAAGGAAAAAACGAAUUUGUUUCUUUUUGUACAUAAAAUAUCAUUUAAAUAAUAAUGUAAAAUAAUUAUUUGUAUUUUAUAUCUGUAAAAUAAUUUAGGUAUUUAUAUAUAGUAUAAGUAAUUGCAAAGAAUUAGUUAUCUAUUUCUAUAAAUAAAAUUAUUGAAUAAUUAUAACAAUUAUUAGACACAUUCAAAAUAACUAAAAUUAUAAAAAAUAGAAAAUGUUUUAGUAACUAAAAAUAUUAUAGUAAUUUAAGAAAAAUAGCAAUUCAAGAUUAAAAAAAUAAAAGUAAUUUAUAAAGAAAAUUUAUACAUAGUUUCAAAAUUUUAAUAUUUUAAUUUUGCAUAAUUUAUAGAUAUUUUUAUUUUUUGUUCUAAUAUAAUACUUAAAAUAAAAUAAUUUUAAAACAUUUUAAUGUAUUUUUAUUUUUAAUUAAAAAUCACUGUUUUUGAUAGAUUUUGUUUGUAAUUUCUAUAUAUUUUAUUGCUAUUUUUUGCUUAAAGAAUGUCUCAAUCAUCUUUUAAAAAACUAAAAAUACUGCAAAAUUAAAAACCAAAACCAAAAGCUAGAAACCAAAAUCAAAAACUGAAAACCAAAACAAAAACUUAAAAAUCAAAAACCAAAAUCUAAAAACUAAAACCAAAAUCUAAAAACCAAAAACUAAAACUAAAAACUAGUUCAAACAAUCAACACCUAAAUCUCACACAAGGAUUAUUCUCUUGUAUCAAAAAUUGCAUGUUUAAAAGACUGCUUAAGUUUCUUCAGUUCCUAAAUAUAAAUGUUUUACAUAAUUUUGAUAUUCUAAUAUAUAAGAUGUUUUCAUUUUUCUAGGUAAUUUUUACUUUAUUAAAAAAUGUGUAUCCAGUCAUAUUUUAAUAGUCUAUUUUAUAAUUGGUUGAAUACCAUUAGUUUUAUAGUUUUAAUGAUAUUUUCUUAAUAAAAAGUUGUUUUCUUAAUAUGUGUGUUUCUACAUAAACAUAUUAUAUUUUUGAGAACAGAGAGAGUAUAUAUAUAUCUUAUGUUUCGAGUUAGAGUUCUUUUUAAUUAUGUGUGAGCUUUACCAUGCAUGAACCGGAGGUCAUCUCUGCAAUAAGCGUCAAGGAAACGAAAGUGACACCCAUAGCCAAAGCCAAACGAGUUCCUAGGAAAUGAAAGUGACACCAUGCCUAAAGCAAAGCAUAUCGGACUACUCCUGAUGAUGUUGCUUUAAAUGUCCCAAAGCUUUCUAUCUUUUCUUUUCCUUUUUCUUGGACAACCCUAAAGGAUGUAAUAAAUUGAACGCAUAUUUAAGUUUUAAUUCUAUUUUGAUUCUCAAAACCAGAGUAAAUGCAAUUCUUUUGUAGUUCAUUUUAUCUUUUAAGCAUCUAUACUUAUUUUAUCUAUCGGUGAUAUACUGUUAUUAUCUAAUAUAUAUACAUUACAUAUUAGAAUACACACAACUAUUCUUCUACAUCCAAUAAUGUUUUUCCUUGUAUCACAAGAAACAUGUUUUCCAUACAGUUUUUUUUGUUAAUUAGGAAGAGUUUAGACCUGGCUUAGGAGCAAGCUUUGUUGACACCAAUGAUACGGCGUAAAGCACUGCGUCCACCAUAUUUCGAACUAAGAGCACAACAUCAAGCAAUGCAUGUACUUCACCAUUAACCUACCAUGUCACUUGGAUAUUUCCUCAAUAUUUCUCGUUCGUUAUUGGUCACUCCUUUGUCUUAAUAUCUUUUCUCCGACUGACAAAGUCAACAAAGGCACUAGUGUACCAACUCUGCUCAACACCGUCAAAACUUUACAAACACGUCUAUAUCGCUUCGCUGAACUCUGACCUAAAACCGUUCACCCUCGACUUACACGGUCUAGUCGGUAUGGUCAUCCAAAAGACUUCGUUGGGGUACAAGAACCUAAAGAUGACAAAAAGGCUUAGCGAGAAACACCACUGAUCCAAACCUCCAGAUUCCAUAUAGGUCUUGCGCGACAGGUUAUGAGUUAUCGAUCCAUCAAAGCCCUCGAGGGAGCUAAAGACUUUUGUGAGCUCUGAGGAGAAUACCUGUUAGCAAGUAAGAUAGCUUUUAACGCAUUUGAUAGUAUAACUAUAUAGCGAAGCCAUGCAUGAAGGCCAGACAAUGCCAGUUUACGUGUAUCCACGCAAUUUGAUGUUUGAAAAAAUGUGUAACAUUGAAUAAGGUUUUCUCCAGACCUUUAGACGUUUUGAUUCUAUGGCAAAAAACUAUUAAAUGUCAUUGACUCUGGUCUAAUGACCUAAAAGCCAAUGGAUGCAUACACACGCAUAGUCACAUUAUAAUAUCUUAUAUCUUUUUUCUUUUUUUUUGUCAUUUCAAACAAUAACUUACUUGAAUAUUUGAACCAAAUACAAGGUGUCCAAAAAAACCAACACCACAAAAAGGCAUAAAGUAUAAAGCUACCAAUAGGAGCAUAAACCACUCAAAACAGUGUAGAAAGAUAACACGGCACAGGGAAGAUAAGCCGAUGUAAAGCCUGGAGGCUUCAAGCAAUCUUCCUCGCUUCAGGCUUAGGCUAAAGCUUCCUGCUGAAUUCUAGACUCCAACCAUGCUGGACCCUUGUUCCCCACGUAAGACUGUAAUCUAUGAUCCCUUGUGACACUUCCUGCAAUCUCCAAGGCUACAUAGUUAUUUCUCUAUCUUUUAUUAGAACUUGUGGUCUAACCAAGAAUCAUAAACAGCAACAAUCCUGUCCAAGAACUUUUAUUAAUAAUUCUAGUGGAUAUAAUAAACCGCAAGCAUCUAUAAAUACUUUACCAAAAAGAACCAAAGAUGGCAACAAAUAUGAUGAACAAGUACGUACUUGUACUAUCUUGUCUGAUCUUUUUUGUAAUGAUUGGUUCCUUAAACGCAAAACCUGCAGACAUAAAAGCAAUUUGCGGGAAAGCAAAAAACGCAUCCUUCUGCACAAACUACAUGAAAUCAAACCCAAAGACAUCAGGUGCUGAUAUCAAAACGCUUGCAACGAUCACAUUAGACUCUGCACAAACAAGCGCAUCAGGAGCUAUGAACAAGAUUACACCUAUUGCCGAUGAAGAACCUAAACGCGCUUUGAGGAGUGGAUACGUCUUGUGCGUGCAGAGUUACAGGAGUACAAUCAGAUAUCUCGGUGAAGCUAAGAAGAGCCUAGCGUCAGGAGAUGUCCGAGGGCAGAACAUCAAUGUUUCAGACUCUAUGAGAUCAUCUACAUACUGUCAAGAUGAAAUGUUGAAAGUCAAAGGUGAUCCGUCGGUUGUGAAGGACGGUGGUGAUUUUCAGAAUAUUUGUAGCAUUGUUCUUGUCAUCUCCAAGAUGAUGAUGUGAUAAAAAAAAGGGCUACAUGAAACAGUUAUACAUGUAUGUUACAUAUACACAGUCAAUAAUUAACCUAUAGUUUCUUCCCUAUUUAUUUUUACAUAGUUCACCAUAUCGGCCCUGUUCAUUUACGUAUCGCGCAACCUGCGACCUGCGACUGAUUGCAGGUCGCAGCCUCGCAGGUUGUUG